AUCCCUUCUUCCUCUUUUCUUUUCGAAUCCCACCACCGUCUCCGUCCCGCCUCUUUCGAUCUCCUAUUGAGCGCAGAUACUUCUUUCUGUUCCUUUCUUGACGCGUAAAUUGUAGCAUCAAUUCCAUUCUUAUUUUAUCUUCAUCAUCUCCUUUGUUGUCCUUCGUUGCUUGGGUCUUUUUGCGGUUGCUGGUUAGAAGAGAGCGACUCGCGGGGGAUGAUGGGGAGAAAAAGCAUGAGCAGAGCGUCGCCGUUGCUCCUCCUGCUGUUGGGAUCGGGGUUGUUCUUCGCGGCCUACAACCUGCUCGCGAUGGUCCACCACCACCAGCGGCGCGAAUCGGGGAGGGAGCUGCCGCGCGACGAUCAGGUCACUUGGAUGCCCCACGAGGUGAAGGGAUCGAGCGGGCCGAGGAGGCCGUUUCACGUCGCUGUCACGGCGACCGAGACGACCUACAGCAGGUGGCAGUGCCGGAUAAUGUAUUACUGGUACAAGAGGGUGAAGGACGGGGAGGGGUCAGAGAUGGGAGGGUUCACCAGAGUGCUGCACUCUGGGAGGCCUGAUAGCUUGAUGGACGAGAUCCCGACCUUUGUGGUGGAUCCCCUCCCUGCCAACAUCGAUCGGGGGUACGUUGUCCUAAACAGACCUUGGGCCUUUGUGCAAUGGCUAGAGAAAGCAACUAUCGAGGAGGAGUAUAUAUUGAUGGCUGAACCAGAUCACAUAUUUGUGAAACCUUUACCAAACUUGGCUCGUGACGAGUAUCCUGCCGGCUUUCCAUUCUUCUAUAUGAGCCCUGAUGAACAUGCACAGACAGUAAGGAAGUAUUUUCCAGAAGAGAAUGGUCCUGUGACUAAAAUUGACUCCAUAGGCAAUUCCCCUGUGAUAAUUAAAAAGUCCAUGCUAGAGAUGAUUGCUCCUACUUGGAUGAAUGUCUCUUUGAAUAUGAAAGCGGAUCCAGAGACCGAUAAAACAUUUGGAUGGAUUUUGGAUAUGUAUGCUUAUGCAAUUGCAAGUGCAUUGCACGGCGUUCAACAUAUCCUUUGUAAAGAUUUUAUGAUACAGCCGCCUCUUGAUGAAAAGUUGGGAAACACAUAUAUUAUCCAUUUCACUUAUGGAUGUGAUUAUUCAUCAAAGGGUGAACUGACUUAUGGGAAAAUUGGGGAUUGGAGAUUUGACAAAAAAUCCUAUACCAGUGGUCUGCCACCAAGGAAUCUGUCCUUACCUCCUCCAGGUGUUCCUGAAACUGUGGUGAAACUGGUAAAGAUGAUAAACGAGGCUACAGCCAACAUCCGUGGGUGGGAUGACGAAAGAAAUUACCUCUAGGCGUUAACAACAAGUAGAUAUAGAAUAGUUACAUAAAUAUGAGAUCACAUGUAAUGCAAGUUUUGUUAGCAAAGCAUGACAAGAGAAGAUGAACUAGUUUUUAAGGGUCUCAAAUAAGGAAUUCAGUGCUUGAUGUCCAUUCUUUGACUGAU